UCACUCCCUCGCCCUCUCUCUUCCCUCUUCACUGCUCUGCCUCUAUCACAAACCUUCAGCUCAGGAAAUGAGUGGAGGGCCCGAGCGCUGCUUUGUGUGAUUUAGCUUGAUCGACUGAAGGUUGUUUCAGGAACCUCGUUGUAGCUUCUUCUCUCUGAUGUAACCAUGUAAAGAUGGAGCUCCUGCACUGAGGGCCGUCUUCCUCUGAACCUUCAGCUUGAAUUCAGGAGCCAGCGGUGCAGAAUGGUGGUGGAGGAGGUCAACAUCACCCUCUCUGGUGGAGCUCCGUGGGGCUUCAGACUCCAGGGGGGAGUGGAGCACCAGAGACCACUGCAGGUUGCCAAGGUGCGAAAGCGCAGUAAGGCAUGCAGGGCCGGACUUCGAGAGGGGGAUGAGCUGGUAUCCAUCAACAACAGCUCCUGUGCAAGUCUGUCUCACGCUCAGGCCAUGAACCUCAUUGACAGCAUCCCUGGAUUACUGUGUAUCCGGGUAAAGAGGGCACCGGCUGGCUUCCAGUCAGUGGUUCUGGUUGCCCGAGCUCCUUCUCCCCGCAUUGACAAGGAGUACCGUGCUGCGCUUAGGGCCAAUACCCCAUCCAGCUCAAAACUGCAUCAGCCAAGCGUUCGGCAAGUGCACCACACCUCGGUAAUGUCCCCCACCGCUCGCAGUGGCCUGACGUCCCCGCUGGGCAGCGAGGCAUACUAUGGAGAAACAGACAGUGAUGCCGAUGUGGUCACUCAUGACAGACAUCGCAGGCAGAGGCAUCGCAACCCCGGUAACCCCCUUGGAAAAGCAGGUCAUGCUUCCACUGAGGUGGGAGAAACUUCAGAGAUGAGUGGUUAUGACAGUGCUACAGAUGCGCAGGGUUACCCCCCGGCUGGGCCUGACCACCAGGAGGGCAAGCUGCCCGGCGUGGUUCGCCGAGAAGUCAUCUUCCAACCCCCUUCAUCCGGGGCCUGGUCGUCCUACACGUCCACUGAGACCUCGUCCGUGAGUGCAGAUGAGCAGAGUUCUCAGGAUUUAGUAAUAGAGGAGGACAGCGGCUUCCAGGAGCUUCCCAACGUGCCGCUGGUUUCCCCGGAGAGAGCAAAGGAGGCUCUAGUGCUGAGCUCUCAUAGCCAAUUGGUGCCAAUGGUGGGGCCAGUGAACAAUCCAGUGGAUGAGGAGCUCACAAAGACCUACAUGGAUAAAGCAAAACAAGCAAAGUUGAACCGUGGUGACACACUACAAGACAAGCAAGUGAAAGAGGCCCGGACCAAGUGUCGCACCAUUGCUUCUCUUCUGACCGAUGCACCUAACCCUCAUUCUAAGGGGGUCCUGAUGUUCAAAAAACGCCGCCAGCGUUCCAAGAAAUACACGCUGACCAGUUACGGUAGUGUAGAUGAGGAUAUGCAACCAGAUUCCCAAGAGGAAGACAACCACUUCCUCGGGAGCGAAUCGGAGCUGGACGAGGAAGGGUUCAGCGCAGCGCCAGAUCCCACAUGGGACAGCGACUACUUGGACAUGCUUGAAAAAAGAGCAGCGUCAAGAGCUUUGGAAGGAGAUGAAGCAGAUGAUUCUUUAAGUGGCGGGCUGAGUGGAACCACAGGAAGGGGGGCCCGCUUGUUUGAGCAGCAGAGGAAGAGAGCCGAGGAGCAUGCCAAGAAGAUGGCACAGAAAAGUCAGCUGGAGGGCCAGGCAAUUGUUCAAGCAGAGGAAAAGCAACCGGAGUUGUCCAUACAGACAAAAGCAAUUGUUAAACCCAGUGUUCAGCCACCACAGGUUGCACCAAAGCCUGCGAGACCACCAGAGCUGAUGACACAAGAGAAUACUCCUGCUACCAAGACGCAAAUUCCCCCAACCUCACCCCGAGUUACCUUCUCCAUUGUUAAUGAUAUUGCCAGUAUAAAAACACCAACUUCUACAGAGGUGCCUGAAAACCAAGUGAUAACUGUUGCAUCAGUAAUGGUGCCUCCACCUUCUACGUCUAUGCCACCACCUCCCACUCCCUUGCCAGAAUUGCCACCGAGCUCAGUAUUGAACCGCACAGCCCGGCCCUUCGCCCCAGGGUUUAUCAGCCACCGAGCCGCCACAGCACCAGUCGUGUUCCGCCCUAAUGUCACCAAAAAGGCUUCCAGGCCAGUCUCAGUGGCAGUAACUGCACCGCCUUUUACAACUGCAUUCGAGGAGGUGAUUGAUUAUCCUUCUGCCAGUUUUUCAGUACGUAAGAUGAGCAUUGAUGUUCCUGCUGGCAUGACCUCAACACCAGCCCCUGCGACCACUGUGCAUCUUCCUUUUCCUGCUGCUAUGCCAGAUCCUGCACAGUCACUAAUUUCAAAUAUUCCUUCAUCAUCAGAAAAUUUUCAGACUGUGCCGUCUGUCUCACAGACAAAUAUCCCUGCUAAUUCCUUCAUUACUGAAAAUAUAACUGCUGCUCCUCCUUCUGCUGGCUUCACAGAUAUCACUAGCGUAAUCUCUGCUGCUAUUGCUGUGCCUUCUGCUCCUGAGGUACCACUGAUUCAUGCCACCUCUGUGACUUUAACUCCUGUAACCCCUGUCAGCUCAGUUUCUCCUCCAGCUCCCGUGGUGUGCCAAGAGAAAGCUCCUCCGGCUGGAGGUCGAACAGGCAUCCUUCAGAAAGCUCGCCGUCGCACUACUAAUAAACCAAUGUUUAAGAUUCCAGAUGCCAGAAAGAACUUGCCCAAUCCUGAGCUGCUGUCUUUGGUACAGAAUUGGGAUGAGAGGCCUAAUUACGGAUACUCAGAGCCAGUCACUGUUUCGGACGAUUACUAUAACAUGGAUGAAAAGAGGGGAAAGAUCCCACCACCGGUGGCUCCAAAACCUCGCAUCAUCCCAGAAGUGUCCCAGAUUCCUCAAGCUGGGGGAAAGGGCGCUGAGCUCUUUGCACGAAGACAGAACCGUAAAGAUCUCUUUGUGGUGGAUGGUACACAACCUCAGCAGCAGUUUUUACAGUCCCAGUCAGUCAUGCCUAUGAUCCAUCCCUGUGAGCCCUCACCAGUAUCACCAAACUGGAAGUACUCCCCAAAUGUCCGUGCUCCUCCGCCAAUUGGUUACAACCCUCUCCUCGCUCCUUCCUGUCCCCUGGGAGCACAACAUGAAAAAGCACGGGGCGCUGAAAGAACCUCAAAGGUUGGUCGAGGUGGACACAUGUUCCAGAAAGAAGGCAUCAAGGCCAUAGACGUCAUGAGGCGCCAGCCUUACCAACUUAACUCAGCCAUGUUUGGUUUCGGAGGUGGCUCGAGCACACAGUCUGUAAACUCCUCUUACCAACACAAAAGGCAGACAGAAACAGGACACACCUUAACCAAACCGAGGCAGGUACCCGUGAAGACAUCACGUGUGUACGAAAUCAAACGUUUCUCUACUCCGACUCCCAUGUCAGCACCAACCAUAGUCCCAACAGUGAUUGCCCCACGGGCGCAAACCACACUGGCCGAGCCUCUGUGUCGCUAUGACAUGACAUCUCCCACUAUGUGCUCUCCAGCAGCUAUGUCCUCUCCAGCCCAGCCUGUACCUGAACCUGCAGCUGUGUCUUCACGACCGCCAGGUCUUCCAGAGCUCCCCAGAAUCUCCGCUGCUCCAGCAUUUGUUCCUACGCCUUACUCACCACCGGCUCCCGUAUCAAGCAUGACCAUCUACUCUGAUCUCCAGGCUGCCAGACAGUUCAAAAGUGCUCCUGAGCUUAGUGCACUGCCCCCCAAUUUCUUGAAGCCUCCAGUUCAGGCACCAAAGCCACGCUUUAUUGCUACAAGAGCAGGAGUACAGCCCCACGUCUGGAGGCCUGGAGUUCAACAUUACUGAGUAGGUGAUGCUGUCUGACUUUUUUCAGUUGAGCCUUUAAGAUCAUAGUCUCAUAGUGACUGAGGAAUAUUAUACAGAUUUAUUGUAUUAUUUUUUGUAUUAUUGCACAAUGCAUCAUUGGCACUUGGGUAGCACUCAACACAAAGCUGCCUAUACUGAAUACUAGAGGUAAAAAUAUCAUAGCAUUACAAUUAAUAUUUGUAUGAUGCCAAUUUCACAGAACAAUUGUGCUCACUCACUUUUUUAACCGCUUAUCCAAUUAGGGUGCUGGAGCCUAUCCCAGCUUUUUAAUGGGCACAAGGCACACAGGUAACACCCUGGGCGGGGCGCCAGUCCAUCGCAGGGCAGACACACGUACACAUACACACACCCAUUUACCUAUAGGGCAAUUUAGUGUUUCCAAUUAACCUGACUGCAUGUUUUUGGACUGUGGGAGGAAACCGGAGCUCCCGGAGGAAACCCACGCAAACACGGGGAGAACAUGCAACAUGCAAACUCCGCACAGAAAGGACCCGGGCCGCCCUGCCUGGAGAUUGAAGCCAGUACCUUCUUGCUGUGAGGCGACAGUGCUACCCACCGAGUCACCGUGCCGCCCUACAAUUGUGCUGUAAUGCAAUAAAUAAUACAAAAAACAGCCUUUUUUUCAAAACAGCCUUAGGUAAAGUAUAGUAUAGUUUGCGGGUAACAAAAUAUACAGCCGUUUCAACUGUUAAACUAGCAUUGAUUAUGACUGGCUUCAUGCUCAGUCUGUGACGUCUCAUUUUGCCAUCAUGUAAAACACAAUACUGCAGGUUGAGGUGUGAACUACUGGAGCCAUCUGAUGGUAAAGAGUGGGAUUGAGAGCCCUACAUAGGAUUUAUCCAGCUACUCUAAUCAUCUUUAGUGCAGAGCUUCGUUUUAAUGUAACGUCUUCAAAAAUCAAACGAAAAAUAAAAAGCUUGUCACAAACAACAGAUGUUAGUACAUAUGUGCUUAGCUCCAUGUACCUGUGCUUUGUAUCUUAUGAAAUUAGAAAUUAGCAUAGUGAUUUAGAUCACAGACACAGAUUGUUCUUUAACAGGAAGGACACCACUGGACUUUUUAUUUUUAAACAGUGUUGGGUGAUGUGAAUCCUAAGGAUGCCAUAGCCAUCUGAGGCCGGAGUCUCAAAAAAGCAUAAUUGGUUCUGGUUUGUGUGCAACAGGAGUUGAUUGUUUGUUCACCAUGUGUUAUUUCUUGCUACCCUGGGAAAUAAUUAGCAACCCCCUUCUCAUUUGCAACUAUAACAGUCUUCUCCACAAAAUAUUGUGGCAUAUAAUAAUGUGCCAGUGUAAAUUUGAGCCCAAUCAGUCGAGCUUUUGUAAGAUCAGGCAGUGAUGCUGGAUGGAGGUCGGGUCUCCACUGGAAUUUCUCCACCCCUAAUUUGUUAAACUGUGUCUUUAUACUCCUUGCUUUGGGCACAGUCAUGCUGGAGCAGAUAGGGGUCAUCCUUAAACCACAAAUAUGGAAGCAUAUUUAGAAGCUUAUUUUAGAAAAUUGAUUUUGUACACCUGCUAGCAUUAGGUGUGAUUAAAACAUCUGAUUUUAAUAUUGAGAAGAGAUGUCCACAUACUUUUUGUCAUGUGUAUUACUAUUCCAAAAAUAGAAAAUAGAAAACCUUUUGUUUGAUUGGUAGUGAACUUUUGUUAACGCAUUUUCUCCCUUUUUCUCCAACACAUGCGCAGUAGCCGACUGCAUCUUUUCACCUGCACGAGGCGAGUUCAUAUGCGGAUCAGCCUUGUGCACGGUGAGACACACCCUGAUCAAUGCAUUAUUCCUCUACUCUGUGCAGACGCCAUCAAUCAGCCAGCAGAGGUCAUAACUGCAUCAGCCAUGAGGUCCCUCCCCGGCUCCCUCCCUGGAUGAACAACAGCCAAACAAUCAUAUAGCCGCCCAGCCGGAUGGCAGAGCUGAGAGUCGAUAUGAUGUAUUCGAAAUCCCAGCUCUGGUGUGCUAGCGUAUUUUACCGCUGCGCCACCUGAGCGGCGUGUACUUGUUUUAAUGUUUUUAUUUGUAAGGAUUUUCUUUUCCUUUUUUGAAACAUAUCUUAUGAGCUGAAAUUCAACUUCUCUUGCACAUCCAGCCUUUUAUGCAGUACCCAGGAAUUUAUUUAUCACACUGAAGGUUUAUUCUCAUUUGAUUUGAUGCCUCAUAAUAGUUAGUGACCAUGCACCAUGGGGGACAAAACUCUGUGGGAAGUAGAUAUGGCUAAAUUGGCAAACAAUCAUCAACAAGUAUGCCACAGUAGACUGGACUUGCCACGCUAUCCACUGGACACACUACAAAAUGUAUCUGCUGGUUUAUACUGGGUCCCAGGAAGUUUAUACUUACUUGGAAAAAAGGGGGGCUGUAUAGGACUGGCCAAAAGAAUAAAGUAAGCUGAGUCACAUAAACCAAUCAGAAAUGAUAUCUCCUCUGGCAGUCCCUGGAAGGAACAGGUGCAUGAGUGUCACAGCCUAUUUGUGAGAGCAAACUAAUAUCAUCUAAAUGGAUUCUGACUAAUAUGUGUGGGAUUUAUGGACGCUCACAUUAAAAUAAGCAACUAACAUUUAAUAUACAAGGUAUGACGAGCCAGUGUUUAAACUUCUGUGGACACGACUGUCCCUGAGAUGGUCAUAAGGAGGACUUGAAGUGUGAGGAUGCAAGUUCGAGCUGUGAUUUCAUAUAAUCAGUUAUACCAGACGUGCUUAGAUAAGACUGUACGAGUGAUAACUCGAGACGACGGUUGAACAUGAGCGCUCAAAGCCGAUAAUAAGUGAAGAAAGAAAACAGAAAGCCAAGCUGGCCUGGUAACGGGCAGCACUGAAUGGAAAAGUGGGAAGUAAUAAAAUAAGAAAUGAAAUAGCGACUUUUAUAAGAAAUACUAGCUCAGUUCUUUGCCAUUUUUCAUGAAUGCUUACUAGAUAAACUGUAGGGAUUUGUGAAGAUCAGGCCUUUUGCUGGUGUAUGUGUUGUGUACAAUUGUGUGUAUGUGCUGACUGUAAUUAGGAGCAUCUAUUUGAAUCUGCAGGUUAGUAAAAAACAAUUGUAGAUGUUCAUGGCACAGAGAUGUAGUGGAUUUGAUGUCUGAAAAACAUGUAUUUUUCAAGAAAUAAAAACGUUUUAAGAAAA